AUGAUUGAACCCUUCCAGACAACCUUCGCGGUCCCGAUGACCUGCGACGGCUGCGUCAAGGAUAUCUCAUCCUCCCUGAAAAAGGUCGAAGGAGUCAACAAAGUCGACGCGAAUCUUAAGGACCAGCUCGUAUUCAUCGAAGGCACCGCCGCGCCGAGCUCCAUCGUCACCGCCAUUCAAGCUACAGGUCGAGAUGCCAUUCUACGAGGCAGCGGGACAUCCAAUAGUACGUGUGAACUCAGGAAAUCAGGUCUACUCGAGCCGCCGCCCAGGCUAACCCGCACGGUGAUACGUCCGUAG